GUCUACGGCAUUGAAAAAAACACACGUGGCACAAGCAAUUGAUCACUUUAUUCACACCACUACACACAUGACGCCUUUCUCUCUGUUUCGUGUUCACCUUUAUCAUCUUCAAAGCUCAGCUCUUCACUUUCCACACAUUUCACCCGAUCUAGUUAGUGUUCCCAAAAACAAACAUCCCAGGUUCGUUACACAACAACAAAAAAACAUUUCCCGUUGGUUUUCUUUCAUUAGUUUUCGCGAUGGAGCGGUUGAAGUGGGCUCAACUGGGGGAGAGGCUGAAGAUGGGUGGGGCCCAGAUGGGGCGAAUGGUGAGCGGAAAAGUGAAGGAGAUGCUUCAGGCGCCGACGCCGGAGUCGAAGAUGGUGGACGAGGCCACGCUGGAGACAAUGGAAGAACCUAAUUGGGGCAUGAAUCUCAGAAUCUGCAGCAUGAUCAACAGCGACCAAUUCAACGGCUCCGAGGUCGUGAAGGCCAUCAAGAGAAAGAUCAACCACAAGAGCCCCGUGGUUCAGGCUCUCAGCCUCGACCUCCUCGAAGCCUGUGCCAUGAAUUGCGACAAGGUCUUCUCCGAAAUCGCUUCCGAGAAGGUUCUCGAUGAGAUGAUUCGCUUGAUUGAUAACCCGCAGGCCCAGCACCAGACUCGCAGUCGGGCUUUUCAGUUGAUUCGGGCCUGGGGCGAGUCCGAGGAUCUCGCAUAUCUCCCCGUCUUUCGUCAAACUUAUAUGUGUUUGAAAGGAAGGGAUGAACCACUUGACAUGGCAGGAGGAAAUUCACCACCUGUUCCGUAUGCCUCCGAGUCAUAUGCGCAUCAAUAUCCUGUAGAUCCCCCUGAAAGAUACCCAAUUCCCGAAGCUGAACUACACGAUAUUGAUGAUCCAGCAGCUUUCUCUUCUAAUUACCAACACACAUCAGUUGAGGAGAGGAAAGAGAAUCUCGUGGUUGCUCGAAACAGUCUUGAAUUGCUCUCAAGCAUAUUGAAUUCUGAGGCAGAGCCAAAACCUUUGAAGGAAGAUUUAACUAUGAGCUUGUUGGAUAAGUGCAAGCAAUCACUCUCUAUCAUCAAGGGGAUUGCGGAAAGCACUACAAACGAUGAAGCGACACUUUUUGAGGCUUUAUAUCUCAAUGAUGAGCUGCAGCAGGUAGUUUCUAAAUAUGAGGAGUUAGAAGCUGCUCAAAGUUAUGGGGCACAACAACCUCAAAAUGCUGACACUGACAAGCAUGAUGCCGAAGCUGUUCAAAAUCCCAAUGAAGUACCCAAAAGUGAUGAAUCUGAAGCUGCUCAGAAUCUGGAUCGAAAGCUUCCUCAAAAGUCUAACACUCUUAAAGUCAAUGCAACUGGGGGCGAGGGGGAUGGUCUUGCUGAAACUAAAAUAGUGGAUGAUGGCACGAAGGAGAAGAAUGCUGAAUCUAGUUUCAAGCGAGAUACCGAAUGAGGAAAGCAUAGUUGGAUUAUAUGUGUGCUCUAGCAUCUUAUUUUGUCUUUGUUCGUAUUUUGUAAUAAGCUAUUGUCCUUCUAUGUGGGUUUUUUUACAUUGCCCAAAUAUGUAAUUGGCAGGAGUUUCAUCCCGAUGAUUAUGAUAUCAUAUGCUAGUUUCACAUAAUGUUUAUGUGAUUUGCACAUUAUGAUC